AGUGCGGGAAAAGUUAAUUCAGGCGCUUGCGUGCGCGACGGCUGACCAUGGAACUACAACUAAAAGGUUGGAAUUAAAACACUGAUCGCAAUUGAUCGUAACAGAAAAAGGUAAAAAAAAGCGUAUCUGAUAUACAGUAUAGUCAAACCGUCAAACUUUCAGUAGUAACGACACAUCACAUAACUGUUUUUAAAUUCCUACUAGAUAAUUAAAGAAGAUCAAUGAUCUUUUUACAGUGAUAAAAAAAAGACUUAUUGAAAUAAAUACUCUACUAAAUCCCAACCUACCACUAACAGUAGCAAAGUGUAAAAUAAGUUAUAAAAAUAAAUAUGUCAAGUGUUAACGGUGAAAGUAGCAAAGGACCAAUACCACCCAGGUGGCUUCACUGCCCCCGAAAGUCAGUAAAAUUAAUCCACAAUAAAUUUCUAGCUUUCAAAACACCUCUAUCCACUCACUUCGACGACCAGGUGUCAGAAGACUGCCGCUUUAACGUUGGCAUGCUGUUCGCCUCGCUGAAGAGCGAGCGCCUGAAAAUAGGGUUAUGGAUUGACCUCACAAACACGAACCGCUUCUACGAAAAAGAUGACGUCGAGGCUUACGGGUGCAAAUAUUUCAAAUUACAAUGUCGCGGACACGGCGAGACUCCGUCUCGAGAUCAGUCGAAGACUUUUGUAGAAAUCUGCAAAAACUUUAUCGCCAAACACCCGCUGGAAAUAAUCGGAGUACACUGCACCCACGGGUUCAACCGCACGGGUUUCUUGAUAAUCAGCUACCUGGUGGAGACCGACCAGUACAACAUCGACGCGGCGUUGAAUAUUUUCUCAGCAGUAAGACCACCAGGUAUUUACAAAGACGACUACAUAAAAGAACUCUUCCGUAGGUACGACGACGUGGAUGACGCUCCAGCAGCCCCACCGAGACCCGCCUGGUGCCUCGAGUAUGACGACGACGACGACGUAGAUGACGACGUCUACCAGCAGUCCGCCAGUGGGAACCAGUCUCAAGGAAGACGGAAGCGAGAGUACGUCAACAAAAAUCCAGUCUUCAUGGCCGGGGUUCCUGGCGUGGUGGUAGUAAACGACCACGUAAAGUCUUCCGGGAUUCAACGGCGAGUGCAAGAAAUCUGCGGGUGGAAUUCCAGUGGGUUCCCGGGCUCACAGCCUGUCUCGAUGGACAGAAACAACAUAAAUAAACUCAGUGAAAAGCCUUACCGCGUGUCUUGGAAGGCCGACGGCACUCGGUACAUGCUGCUUAUCCAGGGUGGUAAUGAAUUAUUCUUUAUUGACAGAGACAACAGUGUCUUUCAGGUUUCCGGGCUGGCAUUCCCGCAUGCUCAUGACACGAUGAGGAAUUUAAAAGACACUCUGCUGGAUGGUGAAAUGGUGAUUGACCGCGCUGACGGAAAAGAGUACCCUCGGUAUUUAGCCUACGAUAUUAUUAUGUACGACGGCAAGGACGUCAGCAAGAAACCAUUCUUUCCUGACCGAUAUGCGUUGAUUGAAAAAGAAGUUAUGGGUGGAAGGUACCGCGCACUGAGAGAAGGACGUCUUCGGCGAGAACGCGAACCUUUUUCUGUUAGGUUAAAACAGUUUUAUGAUAUCGCGCAAACUGGUAGUUUGCUCAGUGAAAAAUUCGCCAAGCAGCUGGGACACGAGCCCGAUGGAUUGAUAUUCCAGCCUGCUAAAGAUCCCUACGUUCCGGGAACCUGUGAUAGCGUCCUCAAGUGGAAGCCUCUGAGCUUGAAUUCUGUGGACUUCAAGCUCAAGAUAGUGACUGAUUCGGGGCUAGGAAUUCUGCCUACCAAAAAGGGCAUGCUCUUUGUCGGUGGACUCAAUGAGCCCUUUGAUAAAAUUGAAAAGCCGAGUAAAGCGGUAAGAGAGCUUAAUAAUAAAAUAAUUGAAUGCAAGUGGGAGAAUAAUAAGUGGGUAUUCAUGCGUGAGAGAACGGACAAGUCCUUCCCGAAUUCCUACAAGACUGCGGUGUCUGUUUGUCAAAGUAUCAGGGAGCCGGUUACUAACAAGUAUCUUCUGGACUUUAUUGAGCAACACAGAUUUCAAGACGACUCGGAUUUGAUGCCUCCUCCUUCAAAACGCAUGAGAUGACGAAGUAGUUCUAUUAAUGUUAAUGAUUAAAAAAAAAAUAAGAAUUCUCAUUGAAAUUUAAUUUAUUUUUUUGGUUAAAUUUUGAUGAAUGUUUUGUAAAUAUUAUGUGUAAUUAAAUUUUUAAUUGUCAUUUUAAUCAACAAUGUUUUAAUGCGUGAGCUUUGAUUUUUUUAGAUUAAAUCUUUAUAUCCAACGCAUCAAUUAUUGAAAAUCAAUUAUGGAAUUAAGUGAAUAAAGACUUAUAUUAAUAACA